UCAAUAUAUAACAGUGUGUUUGUAUGUAGUUGUAACAAAAACGAAAUGUCAGCUAAAGCUAUACGAGAGGCGACCGGAAAGGAUCUGUUGAAUCGGUAUCUGAAAGGAACUGUCAGUACAUCACGUUUUGCUUCAGUCACUGAAGACACCGAUUUCAAUGAUCUGAUCGCUCAGAAUCCAUGGCUUAAACAUGAGCGUUUGGUUGUAAAACCGGAUCAAUUGAUUAAACGAAGAGGUAAAUUGGGUCUGAUUUUAGUGAAUGCGGACAUCGAUGGCGUCAAGAAAUGGGUUUCCGAGCGAAUGUCUAAAGAUAUUCAAAUCGGUAAAGCGACCGGAAAGUUGCGGUCAUUUAUAAUUGAGCCGUUUAUGCCACACAAACAAGACGAAGAAGCAUAUAUAUGUAUUUAUUCACAUCGAUCGGGUGAUACCAUACUGUUUCAUCACGAGGGCGGCGUCGAUAUCGGCGAUGUCGACUCCAAAGCACUCAAGUUAGACAUUCCCAUCGAUGGUCAGCUAACCGAAAACCAAGUCCAGACACAGCUGUUGCCGAAUAUAUCGAGCGAUAAGUUGCCAUUAGUGACAAAGUUUGUCCUCGACUUAUACCGUGUUUAUGUUGACCUGUAUUUUACUUAUUUGGAAAUUAAUCCGUUGGUGGUCACCAAGAAUUCUGUUCAUGUAUUGGAUUUAGCGGCCAAACUGGAUUCGACGGCCGAAUUUAUUUGCAAACAAAAAUGGGGUGAAUUUGAAUACCCGCCGCCGUUUGGCCGGGACGCUCUACCCGAAGAAGCCUAUAUUGCCGAUUUGGACGCCAAAAGUGGUGCCAGUUUGAAGCUGACAAUUUUGAACAAAACUGGUCGCAUUUGGACAAUGGUAGCCGGCGGCGGAGCUUCGGUUAUCUAUGCAGACACCAUUUGCGAACUUGGAGGCGCUUCCGAGUUGGCCAACUAUGGCGAAUAUUCUGGCGCUCCCAGCGAACAGCAAACAUAUGAAUACGCGAAGACUAUACUGACACUAAUGACUAAAGAGAAACAUCCCGACGGAAAAUUGUUGCUAAUUGGCGGCGGUAUCGCCAACUUUACUAACGUUGCGGCCACUUUCAAGGGUAUUGUCAAAGCGUUACGCGAAUUUCAAAACAAACUCAUCGAACAUAAGGUUGAGAUAUUUGUCCGACGGGCCGGUCCUAACUAUCAGGAAGGCCUGCGUGUAAUGAGAGAGACGGGCAAUACUCUAGGCGUUCCCGUUCACGUUUUUGGACCCGAAACCCAUAUGACUGCCAUUGUGGCGAUGGCUUUGCAUAAGAAAGACAUUCCCGAACUGCCCGAAUCCAAGGUGACGACAGCCAACUUUUUACUGCCCGGCAAUAUGAAUGGUGAUAAUGGUGUAAAUGGUGACGCAAGCGGUUCUCCAGCCGGCAACUCGUUGAAUGGCCCGCAAUCGGGUGCACUACUCACCGAUAUUAGCGCCACCGGCGAUGCCACUAAACCAUUGUUCACUUCGAAUACCAAAUCGAUUGUCUGGGGAAUGCAGACCCGCGCUGUCCAGUCUAUGUUAGACUUUGAUUUUGUCUGUUCGCGCAAAGAGUGGUCUGUAGCCGCUCUUGUCUAUCCGUUUACCGGCGAUCACAAGCAAAAGUUUUAUUGGGGUCACAAAGAGAUACUGAUUCCAGUCUACAAGAAUAUGGCCGACGCUAUGAAAAAACAUCCGGACGCCGAUUCGUUAAUUAAUUUUGCAUCGCUUCGAUCGGCAUACGACGCCACUCUCGAAACAUUACAGUAUCCGCAGAUCAGAACCAUUGCCAUCAUUGCCGAAGGCAUUCCCGAAAAUAUGACCCGAAAGAUGAACAAAGAGGCAGCUCUUAAGGGCGUUACAGUUAUCGGACCGGCCACUGUUGGCGGCAUCAAACCCGGAUGUUUCAAGAUUGGCAACACUGGCGGAAUGAUGGACAACAUACUGUCAUCGAUGCUCUACAGACCCGGAAGUGUUGCCUAUGUUUCGAGAUCGGGCGGAAUGUCCAACGAACUUAACAAUAUUGUCUCGCGAGCAACCAAUGGUGUCUACGAAGGUGUAGCCAUUGGCGGCGAUCGAUAUCCGGGAACAACAUUUCUGGAUCAUUUGUUGCGCUACGAAAGAGAUCCCAACAUCAAAAUGUUGGUUCUGUUGGGUGAAGUCGGCGGUAUCGAAGAGUACGAAGUUUGUACAGCCAUUCGCGAUAAACGCAUAACCAAACCGUUGGUCGCCUGGUGUAUUGGUACCUGUGCCGGUAUGUUCACCUCGGAAGUCCAGUUUGGCCAUGCCGGUGCAUGCGCCAAUAGCGAUCGCGAAACUGCGUUGACUAAAAACCAGGCGCUCAGAGAUGCCGGCGCUCACGUCCCGUCGACUUUUGACGACUUGGGAAAUACGAUUCGACUCGUCUAUCAAGAACUGGUGGACAAAAAGAUUAUUAUACCUCAAGCGGAAGUUCCGCCGCCAACUGUUCCUAUGGAUUAUCAAUGGGCCCGCGAACUGGGACUCAUUCGUAAGCCGGCAUCGUUUAUGACAUCCAUUUGCGACGAAAGAGGCCACGAGCUGUCCUAUGCAGGCAUUCCGAUUACGACUGUCAUCAAAGAGGAACUGGGUAUCGGCGGAACUCUAUCUCUACUGUGGUUUCAGCGUAGACUUCCAACUUAUGCAUCGAAAUUCUUCGAAAUGGUCUUAAUGGUUACCGCCGAUCACGGACCAGCUGUAUCGGGCGCACACAACACUAUUGUCUGCGCCCGCGCUGGCAAAGACUUGGUAUCCUCACUAGUGUCCGGACUGUUGACAAUUGGCGAUCGUUUUGGCGGUGCACUUGACGGCGCUGCCCGACAGUUCAGUCAGGCCUACGAUUCGGGAAUGAUUCCGCACGAGUUUGUCAACCAGACCCGCAAAGAGGGCCAACUGAUUAUGGGAAUCGGACAUCGGGUCAAAUCGAUUAACAAUCCCGAUAUGAGAGUCAAACUGAUGAAAGAUUAUGUUAAACAAUCAUUCCCUUCGACACCGGUAUUAGACUAUGCUUUGGCUGUCGAAAAAAUAACCACAUCUAAGAAACCAAACCUCAUUCUCAAUGUGGACGGAAUUGUUGCCGUUGCUGUUGUCGAUCUGCUCCGCAAUAGCGGCUGCUUUACCGCCGAAGAGGCCCAGGAGUACAUCGAUGUCGGAGUACUUAACGGACUGUUUGUUUUGGGCCGAACUAUCGGUUUUAUUGGCCACUAUUUGGAUCAAAAGCGACUUAAACAAGGCUUGUAUCGUCACCCGUGGGACGACAUAUCAUAUGUCUUACCCGAGUCUCAAAUGAGCACAAAUUACUUCGAUAAUUUGGAUUAAAAGUAAUGCCAAAAAACAAAGUUUACUUUUUAAUACACAAAAAACAUAAAACCUAAAAUAAAACAUUAUUUGGUUGAUUGACAAAUAUAUAAAAGCGAUUAAAUUGGUUUAAAUAAU